GUCGGUGGUCGCCGGAGGUAGCUAGAAGGAGAACCGAGUCUCGCCGCCUUGCGUCGUUCCUUUUCCACCCCGAGCGACGAUGCCGCAGUACCAGGCCUGGGAGGAGUUCAGCCGCGCGGCCGAGAAGCUCUACCUCGCCGACCCUAUGAAGGUACGUGUGGUUCUCAAAUAUAGGCAUUCUGAUGGGAGUUUGUGUAUUAAAGUAACAGAUGAUGCAGUUGAGCCAUGUGGCUGGAAAUUCUCCUGACCUCAGUGCUGGGCUUUGUCAUCUACUGGUUCAUCACCCGGGACAAAGAGGAAACUUUGCCACUUGGAGAUGGGUGGUGGGGGCCGGGCCCGAGGCCCACAGCCAGGGAGGACGAGAGCAUCCGCCCAUUCAAGGUAGAAACAUCAGACGAGGAGAUCAAGGACUUGCACCAGAGGAUUGAUAAAUUCCGUGUAACGCCGCCUUUGGAGGAGAGCUGCUUCCACUAUGGGUUCAACUCUAACUACCUGAAGAAAGUCAUCUCCUACUGGAGGAAUGAUUUUGACUGGAAGAAGCAGGUGGAGAUCCUCAACAGAUACCCUCACUUCAAGACGAAGAUCGAAGGGUUGGACAUCCACUUCAUCCACGUGAAGCCCUCCACGCUGCCCUCAGGCCACACUCCAAAGCCCUUGCUGAUGGUGCAUGGCUGGCCCGGCUCUUUCUAUGAGUUUUAUAAGAUCAUCCCAUUCCUCACUGACCCCAAGAACCAUGGCCUGAGCGACGAGCAUGUUUUUGAAGUCAUCUGCCCCUCCAUCCCUGGCUACGGCUUCUCAGAGGCAUCCUCCAAGAAGGGGUUCAAUUCGGUGGCCACUGCCAGGAUCUUUUAUAAGCUGAUGCUACGGCUGGGCUUCCAGGAAUUCUAUACUCAAGGUGGGGACUGGGGGGCACUGAUCUGCACCAACAUGGCCCAGCUGGUGCCCAGGCACGUGAAAGGCCUGCACUUGAACAUGGCUUUGAUUACAAGAAGUUCCUGCGCCCUGACCCUUUUCCUGGGACGGCGUCUUGCGGGCCUUUUGGACUGCACUGAGAGGGAUCUAGAGCUGAUGUACCCCUUUAAGGAGAAGAUUUUCUACAGCCUCAUGAGGGAGAGUGGCUACAUGCACAUCCAGUGCACCAAGCCGGAUACUGUAGGCUGCGCUCUGAAUGACUCUCCUGUGGGCCUGGCAGCCUAUAUUAUGGAGAAGUUUUCCACCUGGACCAAUUCGGAUUUCCGAAACCUGGAGGAUGGCGGCCUGGAAAGGAAGUUCUCCCUGGACGAUCUGCUGACCAACGUCAUGCUCUACUGGACGACGGGAACCAUCGUCUCCUCCCAGCGCUUUUACAAGGAGAACCUGGGACAGGGCUGGAUGGCCAACAAGCAUGAACGGUGA